CUUUUGCAAUGAGGUAACUUCCUAGGGCAUGAUUUCUCUUUAUUGAGGCUUAGUAAAUUUGGAUGAUGCAAAACCAGAUACAUUUUGUGAGUGGCUGAAGAAACAACACCAACCAUCAAAGACGGACAAUGUUCCGCUAUAUCUUCUUGUCAUUGGUUUUUGCUUGGAUCGGGUGCAAACAUGUUGAUUCCCUAGAAUCGGCCAGGACAACCACAAAUGCAACAAGCCGACAAGCAAAACGCCUGACCAUGUUCGAAAUUAUCAGAUUCGCCAAUGAUCCGUGCAUAGGCCAAGGAAGUAAAGAGGGAACUUGUUACACAUCGGAUGAAUGCACCACCAGAGGCGGGAUCAACUCCGGGACUUGUGCUCAAGGAUAUGGAAUCUGCUGCACGUUUACCGCCACAUGCGGUGUCGUCUCAAGCGAAAAUGGUACUUAUUUUGAAUCCAAUGGAAUGGAAUUUGGCGAAUGCCGAGUGAAGAUCUGUCCGUGCAACGACGGCAUAUGCCAGCUUCGACUUGACUUUGAGCAAUUCAGCAUCAGUGGACCAUCCACAUCUACAACGGUCAGCGGGAUACAGUUGGCAGGUGUCCUUGGAUUAGAUGGUGCCACUUCUGAAACAACAAGUGCAUCCCAAUGCACGAUUGAUUCUUUCUCGGCUUUGUCUCCAAGUGGAAUUACUCCCCCCACAAUAUGUGGCAUCAAUUCUGGCACACAUAUGUAUGUGGCCUCAUCUGCCAUCUGCAACGACUUGGUUUUCGUCUUGGGUAGCUCUCUUGAAGGAGGCAGAAUUGAAAAUCGCCGGUGGACCAUUAAAGUUACCCAAUAUUCUUGCAAUCAUCCAAAUAUACCUCCAAACGGAUGUACCCAAUAUUAUUUUGGAGCUACCGUUGGGACUGUGAAGACGUACAAUUUUGAUGGAGGUCAGCACUUGGCUAACCAGAACCAGAACAUAUGCAUUAGGCGUGAGCGUGGAAAUUGCCGCAUUUGUUACACAACAGAGGAAGAGAGUGACUUUAUGACAUCUGGUGACGAUACCAAACGUGCACUUGGCGAUACCGAAGAAUGUUGUAAUUAUGGUUCUGAUGGAGAUGAGAGCAAUUAUGAUUGCGUGAUCAUACCAGGAGCUUUCUACCCAUCUGAUUCAUCGUCAAAUGUUCCUGGAGAUUAUGAUCGGUUCUGUGGACGCUCUGCGGGACUUGUAGGGACUGAUAGCGACACCAAUGAAGGGAACUCUCAAACUAUUUGCAGUAACCAUCUUUUUCACAUUAAUAUAACCCCACCCCAAAUUAAUUCAUUUGAUAUCCUUUUUUCUUUUCUUUUUCUUUUCUUUAUUUGGUUCAGUUUUUCACGGGCUUUUCUAACCGCUACAGGGAAUGCAAUCCUCAGGACUAUUGAAAUGAAAGCUAUUCGACAACCAUUCAAUAUUCGUUUCUUGUCAGACGGAUUUGAGGGGAAGGACGAAAUAGACUUGGGAGCAAUGGCUGGAUUCAAAUUAACUUACAUCCAAAGUUCAAGAGGAUGUCGCCCUGAACCACAAUAGAAGAAUGAUUUCCCAAAGCUUCGACUUUUGUACGUUUCAUGACCACAUCCUAAUCCUUCAAAUCCUCUGAAAUUUCAUUCAAAGUUGACGCUUAUGUGUAAUGGUAAUGAUUUGCUUCAUGUAAAAUCAUACCGUUACGUGAAAUGGAUAAAUGUGUGUGCUCAAAUUUUCCAUUAAUUUGGAGGACUAUAGCUAAACCCUGGCCACAAUUUAGUUUUAAGAGUUGUUACCUCAAAAGCCAAGACUUCUAGUUGAGUUUUCUUUUGGUUCGGAAACAAAGGCAGCCUUUUUGUGAAAAAUAAUGAUUGAAAACAGCGCAGAUAAAUAUAUUGAAU